UAUUUUUUCUGUUGUUGAUUAUUCUAGCAAUGGUUUUAUUUAUGACGAAAGUCAGUGCCAAACGAUGGGCUGAUGGAGUAGAUGGAGUGUGUGCCUAAUCACUUUUUAUAGUGUUAAAUUAUACCAAUAAAGAUGAUGUAGCAAGCUUAGCGAUAGUUGAUUCAAACAAGUAAAUUCAUUAAUUUUGAGCUACCAGCUGAUCUCAAAGCGUAGAGCUCUGAGAUACACUACACACAAUGCAGGCAGCCGAAACUGAGGUUUGCACAUACCUAUCUAUCAAAUCCCAAGCGUACCAAGAGUUAUAUUGAUGAGGUAUACCGACUUUUAGAGGAAAAGCCAGGGGUUGAAGAAAUAUUAAUCAUGAAUCGUUCCGGUGUGCCGAUCAAAACGUCAAUGGAACGCCAAGACGCACUUCAACAUGCCUGUCUUUAUGAGAAUUCGCGUGAAAAGUGUCAGGCAUUUCUAUCAAAAAUGGAGCCAACACAGCUCCUGACCAUGUUGCGAGUCCGUACCAGAUUCCACGAGGUCCUGCUAACACCUGAUGGCAAGAUAACCGUUUUGGUAGUGCAAAAUCCAAAGGAUACACAUCUUAAGCCCAAGCGUACCAAGAGUUAUAUUGAUGAGGUAUACCGACUUUUAGAGGAAAAGCCAGGGGUUGAAGAAAUAUUAAUCAUGAAUCGUUCCGGUGUGCCGAUCAAAACGUCAAUGGAACGCCAAGACGCACUUCAACAUGCCUGUCUUUAUGAGAAUUCGCGUGAAAAGUGUCAGGCAUUUCUAUCAAAAAUGGAGCCAACACAGCUCCUGACCAUGCUGCGAGUCCGUACCAGAUUCCACGAGGUCCUGCUAACACCUGAUGGCAAGAUAACCGUUUUGGUAGUGCAAAAUCCAAAGGAUACACAUCUUAAGCCCAAGCGUACCAAGAGUUAUAUUGAUGAGGUAUACCGACUUUUAGAGGAAAAGCCAGGGGUUGAAGAAAUAUUAAUCAUGAAUCGUUCCGGUGUGCCGAUCAAAACGUCAAUGGAACGCCAAGACGCACUUCAACAUGCCUGUCUUUAUGAGAAUUCGCGUGAAAAGUGUCAGGCAUUUCUAUCAAAAAUGGAGCCAACACAGCUCCUGACCAUGUUGCGAGUCCGUACCAGAUUCCACGAGGUCCUGCUAACACCUGAUGGCAAGAUAACCGUUUUGGUAGUGCAAAAUCCAAAGGAUACACAUCUUAAGCCCAAGCGUACCAAGAGUUAUAUUGAUGAGGUAUACCGACUUUUAGAGGAAAAGCCAGGGGUUGAAGAAAUAUUAAUCAUGAAUCGUUCCGGUGUGCCGAUCAAAACGUCAAUGGAACGCCAAGACGCACUUCAACAUGCCUGUCUUUAUGAGAAUUCGCGUGAAAAGUGUCAGGCAUUUCUAUCAAAAAUGGAGCCACCACAGCUCCUGACCAUGCUGCGAGUCCGUACCAGAUUCCACGAGGUCCUGCUAACACCUGAUGGCAAGAUAACCGUUUUGGUAGUGCAAAAUCCAAAGGAUACACAUCUUAAGCCCAAGCGUACCAAGAGUUAUAUUGAUGAGGUAUACCGACUUUUAGAGGAAAAGCCAGGGGUUGAAGAAAUAUUAAUCAUGAAUCGUUCCGGUGUGCCGAUCAAAACGUCAAUGGAACGCCAAGACGCACUUCAACAUGCUUGUCUUUAUGAGAAUUCGCGUGAAAAGUGUCAGGCAUUUCUAUCAAAAAUGGAGCCAGCACAGCUCCUGACCAUGCUGCGAGUCCGUACCAGAUUCCACGAGGUCCUGCUAACACCUGAUGGCAAGAUAACCGUUUUGGUAGUGCAUAAUCCAAAGGAUACACAUCUUAAGGUUGAGGAUCUAAAUCGUCAUUCCUCCAAUUUUUAAAUAAUUACUCCUACAUAUAUCUACGUUGUUAGUCAUCCAACUUCUUACACGUAAAACAUUCUUCUCACUUUGUGAGCCCAAACACAACAAACUGUUGAUUUAUGUGACUACCUGAAUAUAAAUGCAAUCAAAUAAGUAAUAAAUAGUCCUCAGAGCUUCAGCUUAAAAACAAAAUAUAUUCCAAAAACAGAUGA